ACAAUUAAAUACAUGUUCAUUAAUGAAUCACAAUGCUAUAAAAACAAGAGCUUCUGCACAGGUAGACACAGAACUCUGAGAGGAGGUGAAGCUGCACACACUGAUGUUGAAGCCCUGACUACAUUACAGCACACUUGAAAACUUGAUCUGUAUCUCUUGAUCAUCUUGCAAGGAAUAAAUUAGACAGAAUGUACCACGUCGUCCUCUUCGCUCUGCUCACAGCUUGUGUGUUAGCUGAUGUCCAACCUCAGUACUACUCCUUCUCCCCAGCCGUGGGGUCAGGGAGUGGCACCUCUUACAGUCUGACUGGAGAGGGCCGUAUCACGGCUGUCCGAGUGUGGGAGGCAUACAACAACUACAUCUAUGGCUUCCAGUUCCGCUACGGCUUCAUCUGGUCUUCUUUUGUUGGCUACCAGUUUGGCAAUCCUCUGGUGAUGGAGUUGUACGACGACGAAGCCAUCAUCCAGGUUUCUGGAAAAUACGCUCACUACCUGCAGUCAGUGGUGUUCACCACUAACAGGGGUCGCACGCUGCGUGCAGGCCAGCCUUCAGGCCACUCCUUCAACAUGUACCCCACCCACAGCCAAGCUGAGCUGCGCUUCAUCAGCGGCCGGGUCCAUGGAGCCAUCACCUCCAUCGGAGCUCACUGGGGUGUCGUAGAUCCAGCUGUAAACGGCACUGCUGGACACUGAGGAGGAGAGCAGGAGUUAGGAGUUAGUCGCCAACAUUUGGCCAUUAAUUAAAGAAUGAAGUUAUUGUCCUUCCAAACACAUAAUUAGUCAUUUCUAAUAUAACAUUUUUUUUUCUACUACUUCUGUUUGUGAAUUGUCAUUUUAGUGUAUUUAGUGGAGUAAUAUUAUAUUAACUUAUGUCCUUAUCAGGUCAGUAAACUGUAAUUAACUGUUAUUAACAUUUCCAUUGUGACAGACAUAU